CCUCGCUGUGGGCGUGUCCGGGGGCGUGUCCCCGCGGACGGCGGUGCCGGGGGGGGCCAUGGCGUGGUCCCGGUACCAGCUGGGCCUGGCCGCGCUCAUGCUCCUCACCGGCUCCAUCAACACCCUGGCGGCCAAGUGGGCCGACAACUUCAGCGCUCCUGGCUGCGAUGGGACGGAGGAGCACAAAUUCCAGCACCCCUUCCUGCAGGCCGCCGGGAUGUUCCUGGGGGAAUUCUCCUGCCUCCCGGUGUUCUACCUGCUGCUCCUGCGGGAUCGGCGCCGCGCGGAUCGGGAUCCGGCCGCGAUCCCGGCCCCUUCCCGACCCUUCAACCCCCUGCUGUUCCUGCCCCCCGCCCUGUGCGACAUGGCUGGCACCAGCAUCAUGUACGUGGCUUUGAACAUGACCAGCGCCUCCAGCUUCCAGAUGCUCCGGGGCUCCCUCAUCAUCUUCACUGGGCUCCUCUCCGUGGCGUUCCUGGGCCGGAGGCUGGAGUGGAGCCACUGGUCGGGAAUUCUGCUCACCAUCCUGGGGCUGGCACUGGUGGGACUGGCGGAUCUGCGCGGCACCGGCGGCACCGGGCACGGGCUGGCCGAUGUCAUCACAGGUGACCUCCUGAUCCUGCUGGCCCAGGCCAUCGUGUCCAUCCAGAUGGUGCUGGAGGAGAAAUUCAUCUUCAGCCACGACGUCCACCCGCUGCGCGCCGUGGGCACCGAAGGUCUUUUCGGCUUCUCCAUCCUGGCGCUGCUGCUGGUGCCGCUGUCCUUCAUCCCGGCGGGGCGGCUCUCGGGGAACCCUCGCGGCGUGCUGGAGGAUCCCGCGGACGCCUGGUGCCAGAUCCGCCGGGAUCCCCUGAUCCUGGUGGCGCUCCUGGGGAACAUCGGGAGCAUCUCCUUCUUCAACUUCGCGGGAAUCAGCGUGACGCGGGAGCUGAGCGCGACCACGCGCACGGUGCUGGACAGCCUGCGCACGCUGCUGGUCUGGGCGCUCAGCCUGGCGCUGCGCUGGGAGCGCUUCCACGCCCUCCAAAUCCCGGGAUUCGCCCUGCUCCUGGCCGGAGCCGCGCUCUACAACGGCCUGCACCGCGCGCUGUGCCCGCCGUGGAGCGCCGGGAAUGACGGGGACGGCGGAAGCGACGGCCGGGAGAGGGAAGCGCUGCUGGGAGGGGACGGUGAUGGUGGCAACAUCCAGGGAUGAGCUGGUGUUCCUUGGGAUUGGCGUGCUGGGGAUUGGGAUUGGGAAUUGUCCUCGCAGGGAAUGUCAGCCAGGGUGGAGAGGCUGUGCUGGCUCUUCCCGGUGGAAUACAGACCCAGAGUUGGCUCUGCUGGAGCUUCUGCCCCAUCCCAGGGGAUUGGGACUGGACUGGGAUUGGGAUUGGGGCCACAGCCAGCUCUCCCGGAGUUUCUGCCCCAUUCCCAGGGAAUUGGGAUGGGAUUGGGGCUGGAGCCUCCCAUUCCCCAGCCCAUGUUCCCAAUAAAGCCCCUCUGCCCAUUUCAUGGGGAUCUCCGUGGGGAUCCUGCAGAAAUUUGGGAAUUCUCAGGGAUGGCAUUGGACAGGGACUGUCCCCCAGGGUGUCCCAGCAGGAUUUGCCUCUGGGAAUGUUCUUGGGGACUGGGAAUUGUCCUCAAGGGGAAUGUCAGCCAGGAGUGGAGAGGCUGUGCCGGCUCUUCCCGGUGGGAUACGGACCCAGAGUCAGCUCCCCUGGAGCUUCUGCCCCAUUCCCAGGGGAUUGGGGUGGGAUUGGGACUGGAUUGGGAUUGGGAUGAGUUGGGGGCUGGAUUCACUCCCUUCCCAACCCAUGUUCCCAAUAAAGCCCCUCUGCCCAUUCCGUGGGGAUCUCUGGUGGGGAUUCUGAGGAAAUUUGGGAAUUCUCAGGGAUGUCAUUGGACAGGGACUGUCCCCCAGGGUGUCCCAGCAGGAUUUGCUUCUGGGAAUGUUCCCAGGGAUUGGGAUUGGGAAUUGUCCACACAGGGAAUGUCAUCCAGGGGUGGAGAGGCUGUGCCGGCUCUUCCCGGUGGGAUACAGACCCAGAGUUGGCUCUGCUGGAGCUUCUGCCCCAUUCCCAGGGGAUUGGGGUGGAAUUGGGACUGGAUUGGGAUUAGGAUUGGGAUGGGUUUGGAAUUGAGAUUGGGAUGGGUUUGGAAUUGGGAUUGGGAUGGGUUUGGGAUUGGGAUGGGAUUUGGGCUGGAUCCACUCCCUUCGCCACAUCACGUUCCCAAUAAAGCCCCUCUGCCCAUCGCUCA